AUGCUCCUCUCCACUAUCCUCCUGGCCAGCCUGGGCCUAGCUGCUACUACCCACGCAGCCAACAACUACACAGAAUGGAUGGCCACAUCCUACCUCUCCAAAUCCGUGACCCAGUCGCGUAACUACGCCAACGGGGUCCUCUACCGCGGCAUUGAACUCGCCUACAAUAAAACCCAAGACGAGACCUUGCUCAACUACAUCACCUCGCAAAUUGACGCCGUCAUCUCCUCUGAAGGGGAGUUAGUUGAUUACAACCUCACCAAGAAAACCUCCCUCGAUGACCUCCGCAUCGGGACGAACUUGCUCAAUCUCUGGGCGAGGACCGGUAACGAGCGGUAUAAGAUCGCGGCUGAUACCCUGCGGAGGCAGAUUGAUGUUACGCCGAGAAAUGCCGGGGGUGGGUUGUGGCAUCGCAUGCCGACGUAUCCGAAUCAGAUGUGGUUGGAUGGGAUUUAUAUGUCGACGAACUUUUAUGCGCAGUGGACUGCGUGGUUUGAUUCGAAGAACAAGACGGCUUGGGAUGAUAUUCUGUUGCAGUUUGAUUUGAUCGAGGAACAUACGUUGAUUGAGGAGUCGGGGUUGUUGGCGCAUGGGUAUGAUCAUUCUAAACAGGCUGUUUGGGCUGACCCCGUCACCGGCUCCGCCCCCCACGUCUGGAACCGCGCCCUAGGAUGGUACUUCAUGUCCCUCGUGGACAUCCUCGACAUCUUCCCCCGGAGCCACAAGGGCUGGAAAAAGAACCUCCGCCGCUUCCAAUCCCUCGCUUCUGCGCUCAAGAAAACCCAAGACCCGUCUUCCGGCGGAUGGUGGCUUAUCAUGGACGAGCCGUACCCCGAGGACCCGAGGAAUUAUAUCGAGAGUAGUGGGAGCGCGAUGUUUACGUAUGGGUUCCUGAAGGGGAUUCGGAAGGGGUAUUUGAAGAAGAAGGAUUAUGGGAAGGCGGCGGAGAAGGGGUAUCAGGGGUUGGUUGAUGGGUUUGUGGAUGUGAAUAAGAAUGGGACGUUGAAUUGGGAGGGCACCGUGGAGGUGGGCAGUUUGAGUAGUAAUGGGUCUUUUGAGUAUUAUGUCUCUGUUCCUAUCCAGCAGAAUGAUAUCAAAGGGGCUGGGCCGUUUAUGUAUGCUAGUUAUGAGCUGGAGGGAUUCUAA